AAUGUCCCCCCACAGCUACGGCUCUCCCUCGUGGAGUUCAGGUCUGUACUGUCGUGUGGGAACCACUAACGCGUUACCCUGCACCCUAUCUUUAAAACGUGUUAUAGUUCCCUUUCUCUCCAACCCUGUUCAUCCUUAAACCACAAAAUACGUAAUGGUCAAAGCUCGAUGGGUGGCUGCCUCCAUUCUCUUUGCGCUCCAGCUUCUGGGUCUCCUUUUGUUUGCCAAGGGAUUCUUCCCCAGCAAAGUGGUAAUCUCCGGUGAUGGGCUCUUCCACACAGACCUCCCAGCCGCGCCCGCGCAGUUCUCCAAGCUCAUCUUCAUGGUGGUGGAUGCCAUGCGCAGCGAUUUUAUCUUCUCGGAAGAUUCGUCCAUGUCGUUUGUGCACCAGCUCCUCAAUUCCGGCCAUGCGUUGGGCUUCACCGCGCACUCCACUCCGCCUACCGUCACGCUACCACGCUUGAAGGGGCUCACUACCGGAUCCACGCCCAACUUCCUCGACGCCAUCCUUAAUGUGGCUGAAGACGAUACGUCCUCCAGCUUGGGAGAGCAGGAUAGCUGGGUCAAGCAGCUUUUCAACAACGGUUUCCGCAUCCAGAUGUUUGGCGACGACACGUGGUUAAAGCUCUUUCCGAGGUUCUUCCACCGCACGGACGGCACCAACAGCUUUUUUGUGUCUGACUUCACCGAAGUGGACAUCAACGUGACGAGGCACCUCAACGAUGAGCUCACAGUGAACAGCGGCGAGUGGGACGCGAUGAUCUUGCACUACCUUGGGCUCGACCAUAUUGGGCACAAGGGUGGCCCCAAGUCGGUGUUUAUGAAGCCAAAACAGCAGGAAAUGGACCAGGUGAUUGAACAGCUCUACAGGUACGUGGAAGAGCACCCAGAGACUUUGUUGGUGGUGGCGGGCGACCAUGGCAUGAACGAAAUCGGCAAUCACGGAGGGGCCUCCAUCGGCGAGACCUCUGCGGGGUUGGUAUUUAUCUCGCCAAAGCUCGAGCCGAUUAGCUCGCAGAAAUCUAAGAUCGCUCCGGUGGCUGAGAAUCCCGGAUUUGAGUUCUACAAGCGCGUCCAGCAGAUUGAUUUGGUGCCGACACUCUCAAUGCUCUUGCAGGUGCCGAUUCCUAAGAACAACUUGGGGGUGUUUAUCCCCGACUUCUUGCCUUUAUGGGCACCAAAGUACGCGAAGGAUGUUCUCGUUGAAAAUUGUGAGCAGAUUAAGUUGCUCGUGGAGGCUUCGUUUGGCGUUGAAAGCCUUUUGGACAGCCUGGACGAGGAGGUUGAAGCUUUCCAGCAGUUGUACUUCCUGUGCUCCGAGGGUAGCAGAGAUGGCUGCUACGCUUUCUUAGAAAAGUCGCAGUCGCAUUUGGCUUCUUCCGCCACGAACUACAACUAUGUUGACAUAUAUAGAGGGUUUGGUUUGCUUGUGCUCUCUGCCGUGCUUGCGGUGGCCUUGUUGGCGGUCGAGUUUUGGCAGUCCAAGCUUUUUGGCGCUGGCAUUCUUGGGGGCUCGUUUGUGUUUGCCGUGUCAUCAUUCGGUAGCAGUUUGGUCGAGGAAGAGUACCAGCUCUGGUGGUGGUUCGCGACCUUCUUCUUUUUUGUGUAUUUCUACAGCUGUCCCGGCUUUAUUCGUCGCAAAAAGUUCAGGUUUACCUUGCUCUUGCUCUCGGUGCGAGUUCUCAGGUCGUGGAAUAAUUCUGGCCAGAAAUACAUCACCUCCACCCUUGGGGAGUACUUGUCGAAUAACCCCAGCCUUUUGUGGUUCUUGAUCCUCGUGACAUACACGGUGUAUGGGCUCCGCAUCUGGACGGGUGCCUUACGAAUCCUCAAUCCGGUCAUCGCGUUCAUGCUCCCUUUCAUGCUCUGCUCCCUUGGCUUCACGUUCAAGGCGUGCCAGGUGGUGGCGAACGGCGAGUCCUACCCAAAAGAGUUACUGCCGUUGGUCAACUGGAUCUUGGACUCGAUGGGGAUGGAGAAUGCCGUGGAUUCGCUAGUGCCCUUGGCCAAGCUCGUAUUUCAGAUGGGGUUUGUGGCUUUACUCACCAGAGUCGUGUUUGCCUCCCAGCCAAACGCCGACAACGCGUUGUUUAUGAGUGAUGUCACAAAUAUUGUAUCGAUUGUGUUGAUCAACCAGACUUCCACCAAGAAUAUCCCAGUGUUCCUUGUGUUUAUGGGGAUCAAGUACUUGUUCACAGACUUGAGCAGCUACUAUACGGCUUAUGGCUCGAACCAGCUCCACAGUACCGCCUUUGUGAGCGUUUUCACACUUAUUAUGCAAUACUUGAGUUUCUUCUCGUUGGGCAAUACCAACUCCUUGGCCACCGUGGACCUCUCGAACGCGUACAACGGGGUGGAAAGUUAUAACAUGACGUUGGUAGGUGUGUUGACGUUUCUCUCGAAUUUUGCCGGUCCCGUCUACUGGGCAAUUGCUUCGUUGGAUGUGAUGCUCGAAAAGAGCGCCACCACUCACCAGCAAACAUCGCAGAAAUGGGCCAAGUUCUGGGUCAGGAACUUGAUCUACAUUGUGUUCUAUUCCGUUGCAGCGGUAGGGCUCGUGGGCGCCUGUAUCAACUUACGGUUCCACCUCUUUAUCUGGUCGGUCUUCAGCCCUAAGCUCCUCUACUUUGUCAGCUGGAAUGUGCUUAUUUACGGGGUCAUGGAAACCGUAUGUUUGCUCAUGUUAUGUAUAUAUUAAAACUAGAAAACUGUUUCUCCGAAGAGAAAUAUGCAACUCAAAAUUUAAAAUUUGAAUUAAUUUAGAUAAUCGG